AUGAAUUCAUUCACAGAUGUAUUUAAUGAAUUUUCCUAAUAACAUAAUCAAUAAUUCAAAUUGAGAGAUUUAUUAGCAUUUUUGGAUUCAAAAUGUUAGAAUGGAUAUUUUGAUCGUGAUGUAUUUCAAUAGUUAAUUGAUUAAAUACCAGGAGCAUAAUCACAAUAACAAUGUACAAUUAACUAACUGAUUUAUGUGAUGAAGAAAGCUUAUGAAGUCUUAAAUGAUAAGAUAAAUAAAUGCUAACAAAAUAUAGAUCAAAGAAAUAUGUAAAUUUUAGAUUUGAAUUUUCAAAAGCGAACUUAGAGCAUAUUAAGACAAAUUGAGAUAAUCUCAAAAUGCAAGUAUCACUAAUACCAAUAAAUUAAAUAUCGAAAUUCUUGAUGCUGAGAUUUUUUAUUAAGGAAAUGGAUAAUUGUAAAUGAGUGUGGAAUGUAUGUCAACAGUAGUAUAUACAUGUAAUUAUUCAAUAAAUAAUUUAUUUAGAAUUAGCCAGAAGAUAAAAACCUUAAUGGAAUGAAUAAUUUGAAUUGUAUUUAAUCUUAAAUAUGUAGUACCGCAAAUGAAUCUGCAAUCUUGAAAUUUAUCUUAUUAGAUACUGAAUUACAACAAAAAAGAGGUUUAGGAGGAGUUGCUUAUCUUGAUAUCAAUACAUUUAAUGAUUAAAUGCUUCAUGAUAUUCAUGUCAAUAUUACUGAUGAAAGUAAUUCUGUUAUUAGAGCUAAAUUGCAUUUGAAGAUUUAAUGGAUACAUUCAAAAGUAUUAAUUAUUAUUAAGAUAUAGAAUAAAUACUUAAAUGACUUAAUCAAUGAAAAUACAGUUCAAAUCAAUCUAUUAGAGUAGGAAUUGAAUGAUCAUGUUAUAGAUUUAGAAAUCAUUGCAUAACCUUUUAGAUAAGAAUUAAAAGUUCCUAAUAUAGCUAUAUCAACCUAUUAAACAUAACAACAUUAAUAGUAAUAGUUAUUAUAUUAAUCUUAAAAUGGAGCUUAAUCCAUUGAUGAUAAAUAAAUUGAUAGGCUUGUUUAAAUCUCUUUAUUAUUAACGAUUCUCUAUUUAAUAUUUGGAUUACUUAAUAGUAUCUAUAGAACUAUCUAUUUAGAUGUAUUUUAUUUUAUAUAUAUAAAAGUAUAUAGUAAUUUUUUAUUGCUUUCUAUUUUAUUAAAAAAAUUAUAGAUUGCAAUCCUUGCUACAUAUCAAAAUAAUAAUGGCUAUGUUAAUUGUUGUUUUGAUUUAAGACAUUAUCUGGCUGGCUAUUUACAGCACAGUAUUUAUUUAAUUUAAUAUUAGCCUUAUUUAGGAGAAUUUAAUUCACAUUUUGAUCAUUUGGAAUAUGGAUUAUAAAAAUAUUAAGUGAUAUUAAGUUGGCUGCUUUUAUUAGUCAAAGUAUUUAAUUAUAAUAAAAUUAAGAUUAUCGUAUUAAUAUUCUAUGUACACAUUUAUUCUACAUACCCAGACAAACAAACUUAAAUUUAUGAUUAGUAAUGGUAAUCAAUUUUUGGAUUGAAACAAGGUAGAGAAUUAAAUGUUUAUCGAAAUUAUUAUUGA